AUGAAUGCAAUUCGUGUGCAAAUUCACUUGAAAUAUUUCUCCGACGAGAAUUCGUCGAAACAAUUUCAUAAUUUUUGGUAUGCUUUCGAACCGAAGAAGUUGUUGACGAUUAAAGAUGUUCUCGAAGAUAUUCAUGGAAAUUAUUUGAAAGAUCAACAGGAGUUGAUCGUUCAGCUUGACGAUUGUCAAUUAUUACCUUUUACUUCUAGUCAGAUUCUACGAGAUAACGAUCAACUAACUUUAAUUCCAUUAGCAAAGCAUAACCUACAAAGAAAAUCGCUGCAAGAUUCCGUGAAUUUCAAUCUGCCAUCAUCAAUAGCUAUGGAACCAUCAAUAAUUGUGCCAGAACAUAGGCAUAAACGGCACCGAUUGGACUCCAAUAUUCAGAGUAUCUCAACUGAAUCAACAAUUACGAUUAUACCGACAAUAGAAAAGGUUGAGGAAGCACCUCGGAAGAAGAAAACGAAAACAGAAACACCGGAAAAUCAAUCAAAACCAGAGCCAGCAAUGGUCAACGAACCAGUUAUUGAAAAAGAGGCCGUUUGCGAAUUACCUAUAUCCGUUCCGUCCACGAAUGGUCGUCUCAGAGAAUUGAAAUCGAAAACACCGGCAUGGAAAAGCCAAACAUCUACUGUCAAAGGAAAUGUUCAAGAAAAGCUUCAUAUCCGAUUUGAUUCUGAUAGCGAUGAAGAAGCACCAUUGCCACCACCAGAACCAGAACCAUCACUGAAAAUUCCAAUCUCGAUCGAAAAGACGAACUCUGUCGAAUCGCAGCCCGUUAUCAAUGAUAGUAAUGCUUCAACUCGCAUUCAUUAUGUGUCAACACCAGUUUCGUCAGAUAUAGAAAAACCUUCGAGUGAGAAGCAAACUCCGCAGAAAACAAUUGAUCUGCUGUUUGAAAUGAAACAGCAUAAAACUGUCCAAGAAAAAGAGGCAAAGAAAAUUCAGCAACAAUACGGUCGUAAACGUUCUCAACAUCGAAAACGGGCAUUGAGCUAUUUUUCCAUCGCGACUUUUGUUGAUCGAGCAUUCGGUCUUAAUGCAGAUGAGACCGAAAAGCAAACUACAACCAAUGGACAUCAUUCCUCAUCGUCAUCUGCAUCCUCACCUCAAACAUUACCAACGUCAUUCAGCAAAAAAGCUCGUCUACCACUUAUUGCUGAGGCAAUUGAGAAUAACGACAAAAUUUAUGAUCUUUAUCCUCCAAUCACUCAGAUUCCACCUAUUCAAACACGUUUAGCAUUCAAAUUAUUAGAAUUGAGUGAGACUUUUUGUCCGACAAUGUCGCAGUAUAAAGAGGGAACAGUAACGAAUAUGAAUGAAACAACCGGUGAAGUAACCAUUCAACUUGACAAACCACUUCAAAGCGUUUUCGAUCAACCAUCGAAAUUCUACGCACCAACUGAUGAAAUGCCGGUUGUCGAAGAAGAAAACUCAACAACUGUGACACUACCAUUUUCUGAGCUGAAUUCUGUUCGAUUAUUACCAACAUAA